CGGAAGCUCCGCCCAGGUGCUGUCGCUACAAAGUAAACGCCCUAUCCCGCUACAGUUACCAGAAACUGGUCUUCAUACGACGACAGUUUACAGUCUGCUAGUUCAGGAUUAAGAUACUUGUUUGGAAGUACAAUGCCGUUACGUGUUGUUUUAGAAGGUCCUGGGCCGUGGGGAUUCCGUCUGGUAGGAGGAAAAGAUUUCGAGCAACCUUUGACCAUCUCGAGGGUGACCCCUGGAAGUAAAGCAGCGCAGGCCAAUCUUUGCAUUGGGGACAUGAUUCUGUCUAUAGAUGGAGAGUCCACAGAUGGUAUGACACACCUGGAAGCCCAAAAUAAAAUCAAGGGCUGCACGGAUGAAAUGGUGCUUUCCGUUGACAGAUCAGAGUCAAAAAUGUGGUCACCACUGGUCACUGAAGAAGGAAAGACUAAUCCGUACAAGAUGAAUCUGGCAAAUACAGACCCACAGGAUGUGAAACAUAUAGGCUCUGCUCAUAACAGGAGUGCCAUGCCAUUCAGUUCGGGUGGUCCGAGAGUGGUCACCAACCUGUACAACAAUCCUGCUGGCCUGUACUCCAAUGAAAACAUUAAGAGCUUUAACAGUGCAGUGGGUGAUGUUAAGAACUCUGCCACCUCUAGUGAAUCCAGUAAAAACUUAGAUGCUUCUAGACCGGGUCAGGCAAGGCCUCCAUUAGCUGCAGAAUCUGAGGUGUACAAAAUGCUCCAGGAAAAUCAAGAGGCCCAAGAGCCUCCUCGCCAGUCUGCUUCUUUUAAAGUUCUGCAAGAGAUCCUGGACACUGGUGAUUCAGAAAAACCCUCUGGCUUCAGGAGUGUGAAAGCCCCCUCCCCAAGAAUUGGAGCCUCAGUAGGGAAUACUGAAAAGCUCAGUGUGUGUGACAAAUGCGGAUCAGGGAUUGUGGGAAUGAUGGUCAAAGUUCGAGACCGGUUUCGCCACCCAGAAUGCUACGUCUGCACAGACUGCGGGAUCAACCUUAAGCAGAAAGGACACUUUUUUGUUGAGGACAAGAUUUACUGCGAGAAACACGCACGUGAACGUGUCACUCCUCCAGAGGGCUAUGAUGUCGUCACGGUUUUUCCAAAGUAGAGCUUUCUUCCAGCGAUGCUUCAGAACUGCACAUUCCCUCGUGUGGGGAAACUCAAUAGGAAAUCUGUAACACUUUAUAUGGAUAGUCUUUGACUGAGGCUGCUUUUUGCCAAAAAAUGUAUAACUCUUACAUGCACAGGUAGUGCAUGGAUUUCAGACAGUGGACGUCUGCAACAGUUAUCAGGAAAUGCACCACCUGAAUACAGUAGACUAUGUGAAUGUAGUGAGUCUAUCCAGAUGAGGUGUAAUCGUUUAUACAUUCCAAUUUCUUAGUCAUUCCGUAAUAUAAAGGGGUAAUAUUAUUGGUGCUAAGACCACUUUUUACAUUUUCAUCUUUAAGUUUCUUUGAAAUUGAUAGUUGAAUGUAUGUUUGGGCAUGGUCAUAUUCCUCAUUUUCAAGUAUGUAUGCUAUUUUUUUGGAUCCCCUAUAUUUUUUAUGAAAAUAACUCUUUCAUCUUGGCUUGAGAAAUAAAAAUUUUGCAUAUC